AUGAGUGGCACAGAGAAGAAGAAAUUGCUCAUUAUUGGAAAGUCACAAAAACCAAGAUGUUUUAAAGGUGUCAAAUCAUUACCUGUCGAUUAUGCUAACAAUCGUAAAGCUUGGAUAACGUCAGAAGUCUUUGAAAAAUGGCUUCGUGAUUGGGAUCGUGAUUUGGUGAAGAAGAAGAAAAAGGUUCUAUUGCUGGUUGAUAAUUGCCCGGCGCAUCCAAAUGUUACUGAUUUAAAGUCUAUAACACUUGCUUUCCUUCCGCCGAAUACAACAUCACUCGGAUUCAUUGAAAGCCACAACGGUUUACCUAUUCAUAUAUCAGAACAUGAAUUCGAUGAAGAAGAUGACAUUCCUUUACCUUUGUGGUCACGAAACCUAAAUUCUGAUUCUUUAGCAGCACCAGAAAUGUGGGAAGAUUAUGUUGACAUCGAUAGCGGUCUCGUCAAAUCCGAAGAACCCACCGAUGAAAAUAUCGUACAGAACAUUAGUGCUAAGGAACAACUCGAAAGUGAUGGGGAAGAGGAAGUCGAGGAAGCACCAUUACCUACCGCAGAAGAGGCAUUAAAAGCUGCAGAAUUAUUAUCACGAUUUGUUCACAGCAAUAUUGAAAAUGAUAAUUUGACCAUAGCUACAUGUCUUCUAUACACAAUAGUAUUAGAGACUGUUUUUACAAUAAAAUGA